AUGGCUGAGGAGAGGUUGGCGCGCGCACUUCGCAGAGCGGCCGUGCAAGCUUUACAGCAGGACAAAGUUGUCCUUUCGGAUGUGCAGUGUUCUAGUACAAUAUGUUUUGAGAUAUUCAACAGUUGCUGUUAUGAAAGUUGCGCAGGCAAAUUCAACAACGUGCUGCGUCUGAUGGACUCACAUGGAGAAGAGGACCUUGGGCGCACGGCGGAGGCCCUGUGUUUGGAGGUCAGGCCUCUGCAGAAGGCCAAACUUGGAGCCAGACUAGCCCACAGGAAGACGUUCAGUCUGAACUAUACAAAUGCCCACCGGGAGACUCAUUACAGGGGGCAAAACUCCCCUCGAGGAUACUCUGAUCUGCACUUUCCAGACUGUGAUCUCCAGGCAGGGCAUAUGCUGAGGUCCACAGCCAGCCAGCAGGCCUCCACUUCCCCAUGCCAUAGAACAAGCCCUCCUCCCUAUAGCAGGACUGUGAUGCUUUCGAGGAGGUCUGAUCAAGAACCUGUUAGGUCAGAUAUUAUUAGGGGCUCACGAAUCCCUCAUGAGGAUCAGGAAGCGGGCGGCUCCUUCAACCACAGAGCUCCUCUGAUGUCUCUCAGCAGCUCUGAGGAGGAACAGGAGGCUGGAGAACAGGCUGGCAGAGCUCCAGCAGGGCUCAGCGUGGCUUCAGCCCUGCUUACACCCACUCCCACUGGGGAACACAGGCUGGGUAAGAGAGAGAGGAAGCGACUGAAGAGCCUGAGGAGGAGACAGAGGAGGAGAGAGAGCCAGCAGCAGGAGAACGUGCAGAGCUCUACAGGGAACCCAUCUAGCAGCAGUGAGGAUGAGGAGCUGCCCAGCCGGGAUCGUGAAGGCUAUAUCUGUGCUGUGUGUCUGGAUGUCUACUUCAGUCCCUACAUGUGCCAUCCCUGCAGCCACGUCUUCUGUGAGCCUUGUCUGCGGACGCUGGCCAAGAACUGCCCCACCAACACACCCUGUCCAUUGUGCAGAACCACCAUAACACAUGUCUUCUUCCAGAAAGAACUGAACCAUACAGCCCAUACGUUCUUCCCAAAGGAAUACCUGUCUCGGAAGCAGAAUUUCCAGAAAGCGGGCUGUGCAAAAUGGCCUCUUCCGAGCUGUCGUAAACUGUUUCGAAUUUUUGGAGGCUUUCAAAGGCAGGCAAGUCCAAUCGGCAGACGCCAGUUCCCUCACGGGGGCUACCGGCUUGAUGCCUUCAACUUUGAGGAUGAUUCGCAUGGCUGGCGAUUUGACAUGGACAUGGUGAUCAUCUACUCCGUCAACUGGGUCAUUGGUUUCAUUAUCUUCUGCUAUUUCUUCUUCCUCUCUUUUUAA